CAAAGAUUCAAAAUAGUGAAAAAAGUCAAAGGUGUCGAUUAUAAGAGGUUUUCAGUCACUUGUUUCAUCGUUUUAUAAGGAUCUUCCACUCAAUUAGUCACUUAAUCUACUUCGCUUUUUCUCUGUUUAUUUUAUUAACAUUAUUGCAAAAAAUCAGCUACCAGAAAGUUGAUGUACAAAAAUUGGUAAUUUAUAGGAAGCCCUCAAAUUUGCAAGGCGAAAUCACAAAUCUCAGUAUCAUCCUUGCAUAGGGUGUUCAUCCAGAUUUAAAGAAGGUAUUGGAGUUAAAGUUAGGGCUCUGUUCUCUGCAAGACUUGCAUACAUUGCUUUUAUAAUUGAAGAUUGUCAAUUCUACAUGUUAGCCUGCUUUAUAGGAAUGGAUAUGUUCCACAAUACUGCUAGCAGACAGCUAUCACAAAUGUUUUUAGCAAUUUUCUUCUUUCACACUUCUGAAUAUUUUCUAGCCAUCACUAUUCAUGGGAAAAGGAACGUGACCCUCAAGUCUCUCUUGAUAAGCAAGCACUACAUACUUGCCAUGCUUUUCUCACUGGUAGAAUAUUUGGUCGAAUAUUCAUUCUUUCCUAGGUUAAAGGAAUUUUGGUGGUUAAGCAACUUGGGUCUUGUGUUGGUUGUGAUUGGUGAAAUCAUACGCAAAAUGGCAAUAUUGACAGCUGGAAGGUCCUUCACACACCUCAUCAAAAUACAGCAUGAAGAGCAUCAUAAACUGAUAACCCAUGGUAUCUAUCGUUUCGUACGCCAUCCUGGUUAUACUGGCUUUCUUAUUUGGUCAGUAGGUACUCAGAUUAUUCUCAUUAACCCCAUAUCAACCAUAGCAUUUGCCUUAGUAGUUUGGCGUUUCUUUGCUGGACGGAUACCAUAUGAAGAGAAUUACUUGAGGCGCUUUUUUGGAAAUGAUUAUGGACAAUAUGCCCAGAGGGUACCUUCAGGCAUACCGUUUGUGAAAUAGUCUAGAGUGGUUGCUGACAUAACAUGCAUUCCCGAGCUGAUGUGCAGCAUGCUGACAUUUGAGCGGCUUGAUAUGCUUCAUAUGCCGGACGGAUACCAUAUGAAGAGAAUUAAGCUUUUGACUUGAUUCAUUUUUCCACCUCCUGUUUGAACUGUUUAAAAGCAUGGUCUUACUACUCAAGCCAAGGGUACAUUCAGAAUGUCACAUAAGAGCAUGCUGUAGAAACUGCUGAAAGUGGCAAUCACGACUGUAGGAUAGAUGGUGUAGUUGCAUUUGUAAUCUGACUGUAGUCAAUAUUUUUACUCUAGCUAUGUUGAUAAAGUACUGUCUUGAAGCUGAAGUUGCAUUUGCUGCUGUAUGAAUCUUCAUAUCCAGCUCUUUGUUAACAAUUAAUACAGUGAGUUAGUGAUAACUGAAGCAGAAAGCAGUCUCUGCA